CCGGAAGUGACGCAAGGGUCCCGCCUUAUUCCUCUCUGUCCGCGUUUGCGCCGUUUCGGCAUCGCGGUGGCUCGCGACUUCGGCCGGUCGCUGUUUGUUGGGUCUCGUGUUUCCAGGAGGGGAACCCAGGUUGGGCGUGGUCGCCAUGUCGCGUUUUUUUACCACCGGUUCCGACAGCGAGUCCGAGUCGUCCCUGUCUGGGGAGGAACUCGUCACCAAACCCGUUGGGGGUAACUACGGCAAACAGGCGCUAUUGCUGAGUGAGGAUGAAGAAGAUACCAAGAGGGUUGUUCGAAGUGCCAAGGACAAGAGGUUUGAGGAGCUGACCAACCUUAUUCGGACCAUCCGGAAUGCCAUGAAGAUUCGAGAUGUCACCAAGUGCCUGGAAGAGUUUGAGCUCCUGGGAAAAGCGUAUGGAAAGGCCAAGAGCAUUGUGGACAAGGAAGGUGUCCCCCGGUUCUAUAUUCGGAUCCUGGCUGACCUGGAGGACUAUCUUAAUGAGUUAUGGGAAGAUAAGGAAGGGAAGAAGAAGAUGAACAAGAACAAUGCCAAGGCCCUGAGCACCUUGCGUCAGAAGAUCCGCAAAUACAACCGUGAUUUUGAAUCCCAUAUUACAAAUUACAAGCAGAACCCUGAGCAGUCUGCAGAUGAAGAUGCUGAGAAGAAUGAGGAGGAUUCAGAAGGCUCUUCAGAUGAGGAUGAGGAUGAAGACGGAAUCAGUGCUGCAGCCUUCCUGAAGAAGAAAUCAGAAGCUCCUUCUGGUGACAGUCGCAAGUUCCUCAAAAAGUUGGAGGAUGAAGAUGAGGACUCAGAAGAUUCAGAAGAUGAUGAAGACUGGGACACAGGUUCCACAUCUUCUGAUUCAGACUCAGAGGAGGAAGAAGGGAAACAGGCUGCGCCAGCCUCAAGAUUCCUUAAAAAGGCCCCCACCACAGAGGAGGACAAGAAGGCGGCUGAGAAGAAGCGGGAGGACAAAGCCAAAAAGAAGCAUGAUAGGAAAUCUAAACGCUUGGAUGAGGAGGAGGAGGACAAUGAAGGCGGGGAGUGGGAACGGGUCCGGGGUGGAAUGCCUCUUGUUAAGGAAAAACCAAAAAUGUUUGCCAAGGGCACUGAGAUCACCCACGCUGUUGUCAUCAAGAAACUGAAUGAGAUCCUACAGGCACGAGGCAAGAAGGGAACUGAUCGUGCAGCACAGAUUGAGCUCCUUCAGCUGCUGGUUCAGAUUGCUUCAGAAAACAACCUGGGGGAGGGUGUCACCGUCAAGAUCAAGUUCAAUAUCAUCGCCUCUCUCUAUGACUACAACCCCAACCUGGCCACAUACAUGAAGCCGGAGAUGUGGCAGAAGUGCUUGGACUGUAUCAAUGAGCUGAUGGACAUCCUAUUUGCAAAUCCCAACAUCUUUGUUGGGGAGAACAUUCUGGAAGAGAGUGAGAACCUGCACAAUGUUGACCAGCCAUUGCGAAUCCGUGGCUGUAUCCUAACUCUGGUGGAACGAAUGGAUGAAGAAUUUACCAAGAUAAUGCAAAAUACCGAUCCUCACUCCCAAGAGUAUGUGGAGCAUCUGAAGGAUGAGGCACAGGUGUGUGCCAUCAUUGAGCGCGUGCAGCGCUACCUGGAGGAGAAGGGCACGACAGAGGAGAUCUGCCGAGUCUACUUGAGGCGGAUCCUCCAUACCUAUUACAAGUUUGAUUACAAGGCCCAUCAGCGGCAGCUUACCCCACCUGAGGGCUCCUCAAAGUCUGAGCAAGACCAGGCAGAAAAUGAGGGCGAGGACUCAGCUGUGCUGAUGGAGAGGCUGUGCAAGUACAUCUACGCCAAGGACCGCACAGAUCGUAUCCGCACAUGCGCCAUCCUUUGCCACAUUUACCACCACGCUCUGCACUCCCGCUGGUACCAGGCCCGUGAUCUGAUGCUCAUGAGCCACCUACAAGACAACAUCCAACAUGCGGACCCGCCAGUGCAGAUCCUGUACAAUCGCACCAUGGUGCAGCUGGGGAUCUGCGCUUUCCGCCAAGGCCUGACCAAGGAUGCGCACAAUGCCCUGCUGGACAUCCAGUCGAGCGGCCGGGCCAAGGAGCUCCUGGGCCAGGGUCUGCUGCUGCGCAGCCUGCAGGAGCGCAACCAGGAGCAGGAGAAGGUGGAGCGGCGCCGGCAGGUGCCCUUCCACCUGCAUAUCAACUUGGAGCUGCUGGAAUGUGUCUAUCUGGUGUCCGCCAUGCUCCUGGAGAUCCCCUACAUGGCUGCCCACGAGAGCGAUGCCCGCCGGCGCAUGAUCAGCAAGCAGUUCCAUCACCAGCUGCGAGUGGGCGAGCGACAGCCCUUGUUGGGUCCCCCGGAGUCAAUGAGGGAACAUGUUGUUGCUGCCUCUAAGGCCAUGAAGAUGGGUGACUGGAAGACCUGCCACAGUUUUAUCAUCAAUGAGAAGAUGAAUGGCAAAGUGUGGGACCUUUUCCCGGAGGCUGACAAAGUCCGCACCAUGCUGGUUAGGAAGAUCCAGGAAGAGUCACUUCGGACCUACCUCUUCACCUACAGCAGCGUCUAUGACUCCAUCAGCAUGGAGACACUGUCUGACAUGUUCGAGCUGGACCUGCCCACUGUGCACUCCAUCAUCAGCAAGAUGAUCAUCAAUGAGGAGCUGAUGGCCUCCCUGGACCAGCCGACACAGACAGUGGUGAUGCAUCGCACGGAGCCCACUGCCCAGCAGAACCUGGCGCUGCAGCUGGCUGAGAAGCUGGGCAGCCUGGUAGAGAAUAAUGAGCGAGUGUUUGACCACAAGCAGGGUACCUAUGGUGGCUACUUCCGAGAUCAGAAGGAUGGCUACCGCAAAAAUGAGGGCUACAUGCGCCGUGGUGGCUACCGCCAGCAGCAGUCUCAGACAGCCUACUGAACUCUCCACCUCUGUCUCCAUGGCCCAAAUCACUCAUCGUUUUAAGUCCUAAGCUAUAUGCAGUCAUUAAAGGUCUAUUUAGAGUUGCUACAGUUUCUCAACUGCACGUCACCACAGGUGUGUGUUGGACUCAUUCAUUUGCUGAGCGUUUGCCACAUGACAUGUAAAAGGCCCAGGUUGCAGAGAUGAUUCAUACACAUGCCUGACUUAAAGACCUUGCUGCUCUUUGACAUGUAACAGAAAAUUGUAGCAACGUGAUAAAUUAUAACAGGAGUAUGAAAAACGGGUGGUUGGUAAUGUUGAGCAGGAUGUGACUGGGGGGAUGAAUGUCAAGGAAAGAGUAAUGGGGGCAGUGGUGGUGGUUGGACCCUGAGGAUUGGGUGGGUGGUGGUCACCAGGCCUAGGUGUCCUUGGACCAGUGUGGAUCUGGUCUUACUUGUCCAUGACAAGACAAGCACCAUAAUUAGGGGUAAGUUUCUCCAAAAGGAGAAACUUUUGGAGUAAUUGGACGUUGUCAUGAUGUUUACACAUGUGAUUGUGUCUCUGGUAAUUCGUGCUUAUUAUAUUUUACAAAACUAUUGGUCUACAAUAGAUUGGACUUUUUAAAAAUCAUCCUUCAUGACAGUUUGAGAAGUAUUCAUCUAGACAGAGGAAAAAGAGCAAAGGCACUGAAGGAGGAAAAGAAUAGUAUGGUUGGUAUAAAGAGUACGUGGAGCCUAAACUGGAACCGUUUCAUAAAACCUUUGAAUGCUUUGGGUUUUUGUAGACAAAAUAGCAUGAAUAGAUUCAGUUUUAAGAAAAAUAAUGAAGUAGCAUCGUAUAAUAUUGGAAUUUGGAAACAGCAAAAAGCAGCUAAAGACCAGCAUAAUUAGGAUCAUCGAUGUAGGGGGUGAAUGAUUGAAGAGGCUUGUGUGUAACAAGCUAUCAGGGCUGUUAUAAGGAAAUAACUAGAAUACUAUUUGUAUGUUCAGGAAUAAAAAAAUAGCAGGUCUGCAGAGUGGGCUGUUAAUGAGGUUGGUUUUACCGAUGUCUGAGGUAUAAAAGUAGGGCAGUUGGAUAUAAGAAUUUAGAAUUUGAAUUAAUUAGACUGUAGGCUAAGCAGCUAUAACAAAGAGACUGCAUUGAUUCAAGCAAAAUAGUUUAUUUCUUAUGUGACAGUCCAGAGGUAGACGAGUGGCCCAGACUUGGGGAUAGGCAGCUUGUGUUCCACAAAAUCAUCCAGGGAACCAGGGUCUCAUUGUCUUGUUGCUGUACCAUUUCCUAGGUUGUUAUCCUCUUCUACAUAGUUAAAGCUGGCUCACCAGCCCAACAUCCUUGUCCAGCCCCGCAGGAAGGGAAAGAGAAAGUAGAGGGCCUGGAAAUUACACUGAUCUCAUUGACCAGAACUUAGUGUCAUAUCCUUACCACCCUGUAACACAUUAACCCAUUGCCAUCGAGUCGAUUCCGAUUCAUAGUGACCCUAUAUGACAGAGUAGAAAUUCCCCAUAGAGUUUCCAAGGAGUGCCUGGUGGAUUCAAACUGCCAAGCUUUUGGUUAGCAGAUGUAGCUCUUAACCACUGUGCCACCAGGGUUUCCUUAUAGGAGACUAAAAUGCCUCUAGGUGGGGAUUUCUAAUAUUAAAAGAAAAAAAGGAGAGAUAUACACUAGGAGAUAACUACAGAAGGAAGAGAACAGAGAUUUUAAAGUGAGUGGUUAUAAAAUACGUGUGGAAAGUGGAUAACAUCAUAGCCAACAAGCCAGCAUUAUUGAAUGCUUACGUGCUAGAUGCUUUACAUAGUUUAACUUAUUUAAUCCUCUUAGAAUAAUUCUGUUGUUCCCAUUUUGUAGAUAAGGAAACUGAGGCCCAAAGAGGUUAAGUGAUUUGCCUAAGAUCACAUAACUAGGAAGCGAGGGAGCUAGGUACACACCAAGGCAAUCUGACUUCAUGAUCUAUUAGUUGUUAUACUUGGUGCUAAUUACAUUUUUGGAGUAGGGAGCAUAGAGGAGAAGGAGGUCCAAGACUGAACUCAACAUAUGAGUUAGAAGAGUAAAAGGGAAGUCAGAGGGAGGAAUGGCCAGUGGUAGUAGAAAAAGAGGAGAGGUGAUAGAGAGGCUGAAAAGCCUAGGUGUCUCUGGGCUAGGCUGCAUUAUACUAAAUUUGGCGAGUUUAGCGUUCUUUGGCAGGAGGCAGAGCCAUUGUAUUGCAUAAUUUUCAGAAGAUUUCAUUUUCUAGUCUGUGAAUGGUGACCACAGAAGAGGGGUUGUCAAAGCUUUUUCUGUAAAAGGCUAGAUAGUAAAUAUUUUAAGCUUUGUGGGCUACAUAUGGUUUGUUGCAUAUUCCUUCUUUUUAACAACCCUUUAAAAGUACAAAAACCAUUCUUGACUAGUGGGUUGUACAGAAACAGCCCGUAGGCCACAUUUGUCCCUCGGGAUAUAAUUUGCUGACCCCUGCCCACCUCAGCGCUAGCUUUUUGGGAGGAGGCUAAACAUCUCUUCCUCUGCACACCCUUCAGUUUUUUGUGAAAAUCUCAAAUUCACAAGCUUUUUUCCUCAAAAGAAACUUCCCAAAGUGACUUUUAAAAAGAACAGCUGAAAACUAGCAGAUUUAUUUGUUUUGUUUGUUUUUACUUAGAUUGAGAAAUUCUUUUCAAAAGAAAUUGCCCUUUUGAAUUUGGGCACAUCUAAUUGAAACACUAACAGAAUCAACAUUUUUUCUUAAAACAAGUUCAGAUUCACAAAUUAUUUUCCAAAGAAAGUUUCAGGUAUGAACUUGAGCACAUGUAAGAUGAAACGGUUCUUGUAAAAAAAAAAAAACAA